AUGACCGCACAGGAGUAUGCCCAAAAGUUUGAUCCCAUCAAUGCCUAUCUUAUCUCUAACUUCGAGGGCCAUGUGUAUGCCACUAUCACCUAUGACAGCUCCAACCAGGCUAUGGAUGCGCGUAUUGUGUCUCACUCCUUCAAAGAUCUCCUAGAGACCUUCGGCGAUAUCAAGGCGUUCCAAAACCUUCCCUGCCGCCAAGUUAAUGUUGAAGAGUAUCUGCUUGAGUUCUUCGAUACUCGCGCAGCUGAUAAUGUCGUGUCCACCCUUAACAAGAAUUCACUUGAUGACUGUUUCCUGGAACUCAAGCAUCACAAACCAGACAUGCCACCUCCUCACACCCCGCGCCAGGUGCGCUCCUUCGAGUCGCCAAAGGACCUUUACCCCUCUUCUGACUUGGCUUAUCGUAGACGCCCCUACAGCAGCCGUCGUUUCUCUUCUACGUCUCCUAGUCCCUAUCAUGAGAUUAGUCCUACCGGCCGCUCCAUGGUCCCCGUUGAUGACCGUGCAUCCACCUUGGGAUGGAUGACAAAGACUGGUGAUGGCUUUAAUAGCAUCCGUUCUCGUCAUGAGAUUGGUCGUCAUGGUCAUGGUGGUGGUGAUCCGAGAUCUAACAAUCAGAAUUAUGUCGAUAUUGAACGCAUUCGUUGCGGUGUUGAUGUUCGCACUACGAUUAUGCUCCGCAACAUUCCCAACAAGAUUGACCAGGCAAUGCUCCAGGAUAUCGUCGACGAAACCAGCCAUGGGAAAUACGAUUUCAUGUAUUUGCGUAUCGAUUUCGCAAACAACUGCAAUGUUGGCUAUGCCUUCAUCAACUUUGAAGAUUUUGCCAAAGCCCGUGCAGGCCAUAGCUGGAACUGCUUCAAUAGCGACAAAAUUGCCGAGAUAUCCUAUGCCACCAUCCAGGGCAAGGACUGUCUCGUCCAAAAGUUCCGCAAUAGCUCUGUGAUGCUUGAGCAUCCUUCCUUCCGUCCAAAGAUCUUCCACACCGGCACUGGCCCUGUGGCUGGUACCGAAGACCGUUUCCCUGGUCCCGACAACCCUUCCAAGAUGCGUCGUAGCGUCGAAAAUGCCGAACAUGUUGGCCUCUUUGCCCCUCGCGUUGGACAGCAGUAUCGUGAUGAACAGCGUCGUCGCCGCAGCCAGUUUGACCGCGGCACCAUCGCCGCUGAGCGUGAAUUCUACUAUCCCCGUCCAGUUUAUACUCCCCGUCGUCUCCACGGACAUGGACAUGGUGAUAUGUUACCUAUUACGAUGUCGCCUUGCUAUGAGAAUGCCGGCAAUGCCAACGUUGGUACCAUUGGCUGUGGCAACGUGAAUAGGAAUAGUGUUGGUCCAACCUCCGGAUAA